CGCGACAGAUCCCUGCAGGCAGUGACGCCGUGAUGCUCCACCUAACCGAUCGGCGCCUGCCGUAACUUCCAGUCCACAGACAUGACUCUAGGGUACGCAAACUCAGCGACUAUCAAGCUUUCAAUCAACCGCAUCCGGCGCUCCAUCAACUCACCCUCGUCAACUCUGAUGAGGCCCUCCGCAAGUAUCUCGAAUUGGUAGACAUGGACAGUUCCGAGGCGCGACACUACCUGCAAGGUCUCCUCAACAAGGAUCUGCGCAUCCACACAACCGACGGUCGCAUGUUUCGCGGGACUUUCAUGUGCACUGAUCCGGAUACAAACGUUGUCAUCUCCAGGACGCAUGAGUACCGACAACCUUCGGCAAGUCAGCGCGCAGCCGCAGCGCAGAACAGCACGGGCACCUCAGUGACGCUUGACAUGACCUCACGGUUUCUUGGGCUCGUGGUCGUCCCAGGCGAGCACAUUGUCAAGAUGGAGGUAGAACAGUUUGCCAGCCAGAUGAGACACUCUACAGCGAUUGUGUAAUAAUUUGACAAUGCA